AAAAAAAAACAGAAUUGGCCAAUCACAUGUUUUAUUCCUUAGUUAUCGUUAAAGGGGCGGAGAGAUUUUAAAUAAUUUGGACGCUUGUGAUUGGAGAUUUCAAGUACCGAAUUUCACUGUAGAGAGGUCGGUGCACUUGACGGUAUCCAGAAUGCCAUCUGAAGAAAGCGAUAUGUCGAGCAGACAGAAUAGAUUAACUUCCUUCAAAAAUAAGGGGAAGAAUGUAGAUGAGAUGCGCAGGCGUCGGAAGGAGGUGAGUGUAGAGCUUCGCAAAGCACGUAAAGAUGAUCAGUUGCUCAAAAGGCGAAAUCUCAGCACUGAAGAUGACCAUAUUUUGCCACUACAAGAAAAUAGUCAAUCACCAGCUUCACUAACAACAGAAGAAAUUAUUGAAGGAAUGAAUAGUAGUGAUGACCACCGCCAACUGGUUGCAACGCAGGCUGCACGGAAAGCACUCAGCAGAGAAAGGAGUCCACCAAUUGAUGCCAUGAUUAAGUCUGGUAUUGUUCCAAGAUGUGUGGAAUUUCUCUCUCGGUUUGAUAACCCAUCUUUGCAGUUUGAAGCUUCGUGGGUGCUUACAAACAUUGCGUCAGGAACAUCUGAACAGACAAGUAGUGUUGUGAAACAUGGCGCUGUACCAAAACUAGUACAGCUUCUAGGUUCAUCAUAUAUGCAUGUCACAGAGCAAGCUGUAUGGGCUCUAGGUAACAUUGCCGGCGAUGGCUCAACAGCCCGUGACUUGGUGUUGAAUUCUGGAGCUAUGCCUGCAUUACUGGAGCUUAUCAAACCUGAUACCCAGAAGGCAUCAUUCUUGAGAAAUGUUGUGUGGACUUUAUCUAAUCUUUGUCGUAACAAGAAUCCACCUCCACCUUUUGAGAUUGUUCAGAUGAGUCUACCUGUAUUUAACAGACUUCUUCAUUAUGCUGACACUGAUGUGCUUGCUGAUGCAUGUUGGGCUUUGUCAUAUCUGACUGAUGGAACUAAUGACAAAAUUCAAGCUGUCAUUGAUACUGGAAUUGUUCCACGUUUGGUUGAACUUCUAGCUGCACCUAGUGUUGCAGUGCUAACACCAGCUUUGCGUGCUGUUGGUAAUAUUGUCACUGGCAAUGACAUGCAGACCAACGCAAUCAUCCAGGCUGGUGGAUUGACAUAUCUUAGGGAACUUCUAAGACAUCCAAGACUGAACAUUAUGAAGGAAGCUGCCUGGACAGUAUCAAAUAUCACUGCUGGAAAUGUGGACCAGAUUCAGGAGGUUAUAAAUUCAGGUCUUCUCGAACCUCUUAUAUAUGUGUUAUCAUCAGGUGACUUCAGAUCUCAAAAGGAAGCUGCAUGGGCAGUGACUAAUUUCAUGUCUGGUGGUUCUGUACAGCAGUUGGCAACGAUUGUUCAAAUUGGUGUUCUCAAACCAUUUUGUGACCUACUGAACAGUAAAGACUGGAAGAUUGUUGUUGUGGUUAUGGAUGGGCUUAACAAUAUUAUGCAGACUGCCGAAAAAAUGGGGGAGGUUGAUAGAGUGGCUAUCAUGAUUGAAGAAUGUGGUGGACUUGACAAAUUGGAACAACUGCAAAGUCAUGAAAAUGAGCAAGUUUACCAGAAGGCCCUAAACAUGAUUGAUAGUUACUUCUCAGUGGUGGAUUGUGCAGACCCCAGCUUAAUUCCUGAUCAGACAAAUGGUCAGCUGGACUUCAACACUGACCGGGUUCCAGAUGCUGGAUUUUCAUUCUGAACACAGCUGUGUACGGAUGCCAUACCAAAAGGGAUGAAGACUGUAUUUAAAUUAAUAUUCUAAACCCUAGGCAAGGGUGAUUCUUAAAAAUAUUUUUAUAUGCAAAGUUUGAAAUUUUCUUAUGCAUUUUCAAUCAUGUAUUCUUUAUAGUAGGUAACUUUUGAUCAGUGCCAAGAUUUUUAGUGGUAGUGGUGGAGUAUUAUACUUUAUCAACUAAAUUGUGGAGUUCUUGGUGGUAGGAUGAACUUCCAUUCUGUCCUUUUUUGUUUUGUAUAAUUUUUCUACAUUUUUAUGAAUUGGUGUAUAUUUAGUAGUGAGAAUAAAGCUUUUCAGUUAU